AUGUUAUUAUAUGAAUCACUUGAAAAACAUCAACAAGAACAAUGUCAAUAUCAAAUGAAGAUAUGUCGUGGUUGUCAGAAGAAUAUAUUAAAAAAAGAUUUAGACCAACAUGAACAAAAUUGUGGUGAAAUCAAAAUCGAAUGUCAACGAUGUAAGCUAGUUUAUAAACAGAAAGAAAAACAUGAACAAUUAGAUUGUCUAAUGAAUAUGUUGAAUCGAAGUAAUAAGAAAAUCGAAUCAUUAGAAAAAUUAGUUAACAAUUUACAACAAAGUGUACAGAAACUUGAGGCUACUAUCGAUGUACAUUUCUUAAGAGGCUUACCAUCAAGUGUUGUUCAUGAUGUACCGUUGUCAUCGUUGAAUCCUUCAUGGAAUAUUAUUUAUGAUUUCCCAUAUAGUCAUGGAACAACAGUCGAAGAGCUAAGAGCAUUAAGAUCACAAUGUAAGAAACACAUUAUUGUUGGUGCAAUACAAGGAAAUUCAUCAAUGAUAUUGAAGAUAGCAGCAAUGGGACCAUCAGAAAUCUUAUCCUUGGAUAGUCCAUUAAAUCAACCAACAAAGUUUGGCAAUGUACAUUGGUACUUAACGCAGAAUAAAUCAUUUGGAUUUGCUCCAUCAUCAACAACUAUAAACUGUAACUUGGCGGAUUAUAAUGAGAAAGACAAUGCAGAAAACCGACUGAGUUGGCAUCUUCAUGGUAAAGGAGGUUACCGUGCAGGAUCAGUUAUUAGCUUAGAUGGUAAAAACGAAUGGAGAAAAAUUAUCAUGACAGAGAAGCAUUAG